GCUACGCUCUGUUGCGUAAGUCCACAAGCACCCUAGUUUCGAUGGAGCGCACUGAAGCGUGUUGAGCUGUCCGGAGUUUUCUCCUGUCUUGUCAGACGACACAGCGACCACUGUUUAAAAAUUUGUGUGUGUGUAUGGGUGGAUAUGGCUGCGAUUUCUGAGAGAGAGGAUGGCGAGGAACACUUGGACAUCAGGCUUCGACAAGAUGAAGAAAUGGAAUUUUUCACCGAGCUUGCACUUCAUGAAGCAGAACGUUGGAUUUCGGCAGUGACCAGGAAAAAGUUUUCUCAUCCUGAUGACUUUAGAAAAUCUCUUGAGAAUGGGAUACUUUUGUGCGAGCUCUUGAACAACUUAAAAGCAGGAUCUGUGAAAAGAAUAAACAAACUCCCUGGGGCUAUUGCUGGAUUGGAUAACAUUAAUGUGUUUUUGAAGUCGUGUCGGGAGGCCUUCGGACUCGGCACCAAUCAGCUGUUUGACACCGGCGACUUGGAAGAUUUAUCUCAGCGGGCCAUCGCGGACUCGGAUAACUUGAAACAGGAAGUUGAUAGAAGAUCUUUGAACGUGGCCAUUACCAUUUUCUGGCUGGGUAGAAGUGUUUCUCAGUCUUUCAGCGGCCCUCACCUAGAUCAGUCGGCAUUCUCUGCCAUUGUUCGCUACAGCGGUAAAGACCUCCUCCCCAAAGAACGACCCAGGAAUGAUUCAGUUGACUCCUCAGACCAGACCUCUAGUGCCUACAGCUCACAUGAGACCAACUCCCGCGUGAGCAAUGACGACUCUCUAGAAAACAAACACAUCAGGGACAGUUCUUGUGAUUCUUUUGUCUCUAAGGAAUCUGCCCCUAGUCUGGACUUGGAAGAUGAAAGCAUGCCAAGCUCUGUGAAUAGUAAAAUGAGGAGAUACAACAGUGCAGGUUCUUUGAACACAAGUGGUGGCUACCAUUUCUCUGCCACCUCACACGGUAUCAAUGUGGACGAUCAUGGUAACUCAAACUCUAACCACCACCGCCGUGGUUCAUCUACUGACAGUAUGGACAGCAGUAGUUACUUGGGCAACCACUCGCGUCAGUCCUCUGACAGUGCCAGUGUGGAUAUUCCAACACGGACACUGAAAACUCAGAGAAAGGUCAGUUCUUCCACUGUGGAUCCACUUCAGUUUGUGAAGUCCAAGCCAGCUGACGUUCUCGCAAAGAUAGCCCAGGAACAGAUAGAGGCUGCCAAAGAAACCAGGCUGUCCAGAGUGGUCAUUCCAGAGAAAGAAGAUGUUGACUGGCAAUCGACAGCAGAUGACCUUGGAGAUUGGCAAUCAAACCUUAGCAGUUGGAAACACCGGCGGCGGAGAGCGUCCGCAGCAGCCUACCAGAGAGUGGAGGAAGUAGACUCCGUCGGGCAGGAGGAGGAAGAUAAGAAGAAGCCGAAAACUUACGGAGAAAUGAUGGCAGACAGGAAAAAACGAAUGAGCACAGGGACGUUGAAUUUUUAUCCGCUCGAUGACGAUGAUGACUUUUUAGGUCCCAAGAAGUCAGACCCUGUAGAAGAGACCGUGCAAAAGAAAGAACUGGUCCGACAGGAGACAGCGCCAUCUAUCAGGCUACAACAGCGCCUCUCUCACAAAAACAGAGCAAAUUCCGUGGGAAGUGAAAAACCAAGUUAUGAAGUGAAGGAAAUAGCAGACUGGGCAAAAGAUGAUGACAAUGAAAAUAAUGAAAAGGAAAGUACUGAUGACAAACAGGAGGAAAAAUCGGUGGCAGAACAAACUAGUGCUCCAAGAAACACUCACGAUGACAAAUUCAAUAGAGGAAAAGUGUCGGAUAGUUCAAAAUCCUUAAAUAGUGAUUCUUCCUGGAAAACACAGUCAAAGCCAGACAGGUCAACUGCCAAAAAGAGUGAUGAUAACAAAUCUUCAUCUGUGAACAAAAUUAGCAACAUAUUAAAAAGUUUUGAGAAGAAAGAAGAAGUGGAUUAUGAAAAACCAAAGAAAAAGUUUGAGUUCAGUGUUGAGGCUGGUCGCACUCGCUCAAAGUGGCAGGAACGAGAGAAGAAUGAGUCUGUUGAUGCCCCUCCCGUCAGGCUCUCCGACCGACCGCGGGCAAAAUCACACCCAGCAAAGGAUUUCACGGAGAAGAAUAUAAAAAUCAACCUACAGAAGCCCCACAACACGACCAAAGGUUUUGGAUUUAGCAUAUCAGGGGGUGUGGAGAAAAAGCAGCCAAUCACGGUGUACAAAGUCAACAUAGGGAGUGCAGCAGAUGUGUGUGACCUACAGAUGAAGGACAUCAUUCUGUCGGUGAACAGGAAGGAUGUAGCCACCAUGACACAGCCCCAGGUCCAGCACAUCAUUGACAUGGCCGCCAGACAGGGCCAUGUCGAGCUGAAAAUCAAGAGGGAGAUGGGAGAAGAACAAGAUUGGAAUGAUGUAUUUGAUGAUGACCUUGAAGACGAGACCUUUGAGGAAGAGGAAACUACCAGUCCUCAGAAUCACUCCCCGAUCUGGAAGUCGCCUGCCCUAGAGCCCAGAACCCACAGUCCCAAAACCAGCACCUCCCCGGCCACCAGUCCUAGCUACCACUCCAGACACAGGGAGAAGUCACCCCCCAGCCACCACCGACCCACAACAGACCAUCACAGACACACAGACAACCACACACACAAAGAGCGUUCCACCCCAGAUCACCACACUCGCACAGAGCGGUCAAUCCCAGACCACCACACGGAUACACACCGAUCAUUGUUAGAUCGUCACACAGAGAAGAAACCCGACCAUGACAGACACAAUGACAGGUCAACACAUGAACACUCUAGAAGGGCUGAGAAGACAGAGUCCAGUCCCAGCUAUUACCAGAGGCACCGAGAUACAGCGCCUGCUGCCAACAGCCAGAAAUCAGACAAAGUACCUCCCCCGGUCCCAGCUAAGAAGACUUCUACACAUAGGGAGGAGGUGAAACUAGAGGUUUCAGUCUCAUCCAGAAAGUGGGAACCUCAGCCACAGGGGCAGACUGUGGAGGAACCAAAGCCAGUGGCCAACUCCACAGCAGACGAUGAACCAAUGUGGAUCAUGGAUAAACUAAGAGCUGAGCACGAACCUGUCAAACAUGCUCCUAUCUCAGACCCCAAGCAGCCAGAAACAAACAACAAUGAUGUGAAACAGGAAUCUGAAAGCGAAAGUGAAAGUGAGGAGGAGGAGGAUGAAGAGGAGUCCCCUGUCUCCCCAGCAGUCCGCGAGGAGAGGUCACCUCUGAUAGAAACUGAAGUGGUUCAGAGACCUACAAUCACCGUUAGGAAAAAUAGAGAACCUGAGGUAGAAACCCCAGUGGUGGCCCACUCCUUCCAUGUUCAAGAGUCCCUCCCCCCACCUCCACCCUCUGAGGCUCCCCCUCCCCUGAGGCGCAGUAAUCUGGAUGAAGAAGGGUUCAAACCUCCAGACAUCCUCAAGCGAUGGCAGAGGUCCACUCGGUCAGGACGUUCGUCCUCCUCCAAUUCGUUGGACAGUGACGCUGACAAACGCUUGAGCUCCUCAUCUCUCCAUGCUGAGUUUAACAUCAAUCAGGCCAACCCAGGUCAAGUGGAAAUGGAAGCAACUCGGGAGCCUCGUUAUGAUGCUACAGUCGGACAACCAGUGACCUUACAGAUAUCUACAUCUAAUUUCAUCAUUGAUCCAAGGAACCAAGAUGAUGAAGAGGAGCCUGCACAAUUACCUGAAUACAGUUUCCGAGUCAACCUAGAACAGCCCAAAGAGAUUGGAAGUGUGCUUCCAAGUCGGGAUCUACAUCAUGAACAGAAACAGUUUGAAGAGGAGGAUGAAAAAACACGCAGAAUAAGAGAAAAGGAGGAACAAUUAAGAAAGCAAGAGGAGGAAAUCAGGAAAGAGAAAGAAAAACUACGUCGUGAGCAGGAGGAGAUUGAACGUGAGAAAGAGGAAAUAAGGAGACAGAAACUUGAAGAAGAAAAAUCUAAACAUCGUCCAGUCUAUGACACCAGGAGCACAAUGAAUGGCUAUGAUAAACCCAGUGAUAACAUGACUCAAUACAGUGCUCCACAAGAAAACAACCAGGGCCCAAAGCGACUAGGAGAGCUGUGGGCGCCCGAUCCAAACAGGGACAAGCAGCGAUGGUCCAGAGAGGACAUGUUGGCCAUGAAUCGAAAAGCCACCCCACUGCAGAAAAAGCCCGAAACUGAGGCAGAGCCAGAGACGGCAAAGGAAGUGUAUCAUUCCAAUUCUGUGCCAAAACCCAGGACCCGUGGCGGUGACUUUGGCUCCAGCCGACCACACCGGUCAGAGCAGCACAAUCCACACUCCCACUGGAUGGUGGAGGAAGCGGAGAGACGGAGGAAGGCCGACAAUAAACGUCAUUCUGUCCAUGGAGGACCAAUCAAACCGGUGCAUCCAGAGGGACUGGCCAAUCGCUGGCGAGAUGACACGUCCAUCCCGAAACAGCAAACUUAUACUACGAACAGUGUGAUAUCUCCUAGAUCUUUGAAUACCAAACAAUUCAGUGCUGAACCAGAUAGACUGUCUCAGACUCUGCCAGCGUAUUACAACAACAGCCAUGCUCCAAAGUCAGAAAACAGUCUGCGUCCCUCGAGGGGAUCCCCCAACCCCCAAUCCCCGUCCUCACCCCCCAGCCAUGCUGAACAAAUCAUGGCAGUCAGUGGGAAACAGCUCUGCUCACACUGUUCACAAGAAUUGGGUUUUGGAGCUGCCAUGGUAAUUGAAUCCCUUGGUCUGUAUUAUCAUGUCCAGUGCUUCCGAUGUUGUGUGUGCCACCAAGCGCUGGGAAAUGGAUCUCAGGGAGCUGAUGUACGUGUCCGUGUCAACAAGCUGCACUGUCGCAACUGCUACAGCAAUGACGAAGCUGGUUUGAAAUUUAGUAAAGUGUGAACAUUUCCACACAAAUCUGAACUUUGACGAGUUGUGCAAGAUUACCUGCUCCCUGAUUCCCUGACCUAACAGACAUAAAGCAGGUACCGUCUGUAAGGGAUGGAAGCAAACCAUGGAGGCCAUUUUUCCCAUAAAUUUUUUGGUCAGAGGAAUCAUCUGUAGACACUCUCUGGUUGCUUGAUUACACAAGAUGGGGUUGUGGCAAUUUCAAUUUUCUGAACUGUGUUGUGUUCAAAUGUGCUUCCAAAAAGUUUGAACAAGCAACUGGAUGUUCCUAGGGUCAAUUGUUUGGUGUGUGCGCACACCCGUGAUCAUGUGCACACAUGUUGUAUGCUUGUGGCAGUGAUCUGCAAAAUGAUUAGCUUGAUUUAGCUUUUAUGUAAGUUUAUGUAUUCAAGCAAGUCAUUAUUUUUUAAAUACAAGCUUGGUUUGAUAUAGCCCAUAUACCACGUAUUGGCUUCCACAAAUAUAUGAAAAAAAGCUGUAUUUUUCUAAUGGUUGUUUCAACCCAUUUUGAAUUCAAUACAGAUUAAGGUUGUGACUCUUAUAGUAGAACGUUUGAUUGUUUCCAUGCAUGAAAGCAAAAUUUACAAAUGAAUGACAGUAUAAUAUGGACUUGUAUAGUAUUUCCUAUCAACAUAUUUUUUGAACAUUCAUGCUUUCUUGCUGAACAAUUCUUAAGAAAGAUAUUUUCAACCAAUGCGUCAGUAUUCAAAAUCAUCCACGUGUUGUGACCUUGUUACCCAUUGAUAAUCAUAUUUACACUUGUUUGCUGGGUGUUGGUGUAUCAUUAUUUAAACACAACAUUCAGUUUUUGUGAAUGCAUUGUCAGUGCAUUAAGUGAAUGCCCUCAUUAUGCAAACAGAUUAAUGUGCCUUCGUUAUCGCUAUGGUUGACAAAUUUCAGAAGAAUAUAUGUUUAUUAUUUACUUCAAUGCUUGUACCUCUGGGAAAUCUGGACUGUUGAGAGUUCAUUUUUUCCAUCAUCAACAUUCCACACAUGUACCGUAUGGUUUGUUAUUCAUAUUUUGUCUCAGUUCAAUUCCUGUUUUUAUUUUUCUGUUCAUGUAUUAUAUGAUAUCCUCUUUUGCAUUUUGUGCUGUGAUCAGGGUAGAAUGAAGGGAAUGUUGUUUGAAAACCUGGACCAUUAUUUUACAAAUUUAUUUUUACAAAUUUAUGAAAUUGUGCAUAUAUAUAUCUCUCUCUUAAAAUCAAUAAAAUCUGUGGAUACAAAAAUGUCUACUGAAGAAUACAGUGAAAAUUAUGCUACCACGUACUAGAUUUUUAUCAAACUUUGUAUUUUAUUCAGAUUACUAAUCAUUGUAUCCAGAUAAGAACCUUUUCUGUGCUGUCUUCGGGAGUGAGAAUAAUAAGUAUUGGGGUCAUGUAAAGGAGGAAACUGGAGUUAUUUAGUUUACUUUACAGGGGGGUCACUAACUCAAGAAAUAAAAGUAAGAAAAUAUUCCACUUAAUGGUUUAUAUCAUAAACAUGUAUGUUGAAGUGUAUAUAUGGUGUCAGAAAAAAGAUUGAGUUUAAACCCCUGUGAUUGAAUUUGAAUAACUCCUAGGGUUCUCCAGCGACUGAGUAUGCAUGGUUAAACAGGCAAAGAAAUUGUGCAAUUUAUGAAGCAAUAUUAAUAUUAGUACCAUAACUACAGCAGGUAUAAUGUUCAUACAGGUAUGUCAACUUUCAUAUACAUGACAUAAUAUGGUGUGUAUAUUAUAUAUUAUAUAUAUUUUGUAUAUUGCAUCCAUUCAGGUACAAAAGGGUUGUACCAGCAGGUGUUUUUAACAAAAAUGAUUUUUGUAAUUUAAGGAGUAUCAAGAAUCUAUAAUGUUGCUUUUAAUGGAUCUUGUAAAUUAUGAACCAGACACCAUACAUUUCAUUUAUAUUCAAAUGAAUCAAUCCAAUAUUGCUUUUUCAGGUAUGUGUUUGGUUCAUUUUCGAUAACACUAAAAAUUGCUGAAAAUCUCAUGUAUUGCAAUAAACAAUGCAUAUUAGCUUGAAUAAUAAACUGCUAUUACUUCUAUACUCUGUGUGUAUAUCAGUACUUUUAUAAUUGUAAAUAAGCAGACAUCAGUAAUAUAUUGUCAAAUUAAUGUGAUACUGUAAAUGGCUUAAUAUUACAAUAAAAUGUAGAAACCUCA